AGUGGACGGAAACGCAGUGCUUGUGUCUUGUGUGGAAAGACAAAUACAACAACCCGCUGAGAAGACCCCAGUGUUUUUAUGAUUCUACACUUGAAUUGUCUGUUCAUCUUUUAGGAGGAUUUUUGAAGGUGAAGCUCUUCUUGAAUGCCCAGGAUACAGUCAGUACGGUUUUCAUCAUGAACAGGAAUAAGCGCGAGAAAGAAUAUUACAGCAUAGAUGUAGGAGAUUCAACGUUCACCGUUUUGAAGCGCUAUCAGAAUUUAAGACCAAUCGGGUCCGGAGCACAAGGCAUCGUCUGCUCAGCGUAUGACCACGUCCUCGAUCGAAAUGUGGCAAUUAAGAAACUCAGCCGACCCUUUCAAAACCAAACUCAUGCCAAACGGGCCUACAGAGAACUGGUCCUGAUGAAAUGCGUCAACCACAAAAAUAUAAUUGGCUUACUAAACGUGUUCACACCACAGAAGACACUUGAAGAGUUCCAGGAUGUUUAUCUGGUGAUGGAGCUGAUGGAUGCAAACCUGUGUCAGGUGAUUCAGAUGGAGCUGGACCACGAGAGGCUGUCCUACCUGCUCUAUCAGAUGCUCUGCGGCAUUAAACACCUGCACGCUGCUGGCAUCAUACACAGGGAUCUGAAACCCAGUAAUAUAGUAGUGAAAUCGGACUGCACGCUGAAGAUCCUGGAUUUCGGUCUGGCCCGAACGGCUGCAACCGGCCUCCUCAUGACUCCUUAUGUCGUGACACGCUAUUAUCGGGCCCCAGAGGUCAUCCUGGGCAUGGGUUAUCAAGCUAACGUUGAUGUCUGGUCUAUUGGCUGCAUCAUGGCUGAAAUGGUCAGAGGUAGUGUGUUGUUUCCUGGCACAGACCAUAUUGACCAGUGGAAUAAAGUGAUCGAGCAGCUGGGCACGCCGUCACAGGAGUUCAUGAUGAAGCUGAAUCAGUCUGUGAGGACGUAUGUGGAGAACCGGCCUCGGUAUGCGGGAUACAGCUUUGAGAAGCUCUUCCCAGACGUGCUCUUCCCCGCAGACUCGGACCACAACAAACUCAAGGCGAGUCAGGCACGAGACUUGUUAUCCAAAAUGCUGGUAAUAGAUGCAUCCAAGCGGAUCUCUGUAGACGAGGCGCUUCAGCACCCCUACAUCAACGUUUGGUACGACCCAUCAGAAGUGGAGGCGCCGCCACCAGCGAUCACGGAUAAACAGCUCGAUGAGAGAGAACACUCAGUGGAAGAGUGGAAAGAGCUCAUAUACAAGGAAGUGCUGGAAUGGGAGGAGCGAACAAAAAAUGGAGUGAUCAGAGGACAGCCGGCCUCGCUAGCACAGGUGCAGCAGUGAGCAGUGACUCCCAUGAGCCCUCGACGUCGUCCUCCUCCAUAAACGAUGUGUCGUCCAUGUCCACCGAGGUCACGCUGACCUCAGACACCGACAGCAGUCAGGAGACGUCCAACGGAGCGCUGCACUGCUGCAGAUGACCAUCCUUCUUCAACCUCCGUCACCCUCUGAAAUCCUUCAUCACCUUCCAUUGUCUUCUGUCAUGAUUCUUCAUCCUCCAAAAUGCUUCAUCACCUUCCAAAAUCAUCUAUUGUUCUCUGUCAUGGUUCUUCAUCCUCCAAAAUCCUCCCAUUGGCCUUUUAAAAUCCUCCAUCCUCCCCUGUCACCUUCCAAAAUCCUCUAGCCCCCUCAAAUAUGCUCUGUUACCCUCUAAAAUCCUCCAUCCUUCUUUGUUUACCAUCCAAAAUCCUCAAUCGCCCUCCAAAUUCCUCCAUUCUCCUCAGUUACCUUCCAAAAUCCUCCAUUGUCUUCAUUCACCCUCCAAAAUCCUCCACUACCCCGUAAAUCCUCCAUUACCCUCCAAAAUCCCUCAUUGUGUUUGUCAGGAUUCUUCAUCCUCUGUCGCCCUCCAAAAUCCUUCAUUUUCCUCCAAAAUCCUCUGUCACCGGCAAAAUCCUCCUACAUUAUCCUUCAAAAUCCUUAAUUGCCCUCCAUUUUCCUCCAGAGUCCUCUGUCACCUCCAAAAUCUCUUCAUUCACCCUUCAAAAUACUCAGUUGCCCUCUAAAAUCCUCUAUUUUCCUCUAGAAUCCUCUGUCACCUCCCAAAUCCUCCUCAAUCGCCCUCCAAAAUCCUCUAUCACCCUCUAAAAUCCUCCAUCACCCUUCAAAAUUCUCCAUCACGCUCCAAAAUCCUCCAUCACCCUCCAAAAUCCUCCAUCACCCUCCAAAAUCCUCCAUAACCCUUCAAAAUCUCCCAUUACCCUCCAAAAUCCUCCAUCACCCUCCAAAAUUCUCCAUCAUCCUCCAAAAUUCUCCAUCAUCCUCCAAAAUCCUCCAUCACCCUCCAAAAUCCUCCAUCACCCUCCAAAAUUCUCCAUCAUCCUCCAAAAUUCUCCAUCACCCUCCAAAAUUCUCCAUCACCCUCCAAAAUUCUCCAUCAUCCUCCAAAAUUCUCCAUCAUCCUCCAAAAUUCUCCAUCAUCCUCCAAAAUCCUCCAUUACCCUCCAAAAUCCUCCAUCACCCUCCAAAAUCAUCCAUCACCCUCCAAAAUCCUCCAUUACCUUCCAAAAUCCUCCAUCACCCUCCAAAAUCCUCCAUCACCCUCCAAAAUCAUCCAUCACCCUCCAAAAUCCUCCAUAACCCUUCAAAAUCUCCCAUCACCCUCCAAAAUCAUAUAUCACCCUCCAAAAUCCUCCAUUACCCUCCAAAAUUCUCCAUCAUCCUCCAAAAUUCUCCAUCAUCCUCCAACAUUCUCCAUUACCCUCCAAAAUUCUCCAUCACCCUCCAGAAUCGUCCAUCACCCUCCAAAAUUCUCCAUCACCCUCCAGAAUUCUCCAUCACCCUCCAGAAUUCUCCAUCACCCUCCAGAAUUCUCCAUCACCCUCCAGAAUUCUCCAUCACCCUCCAGAAUCCUCAAACUUUCAAGCUCUUGUCAAUUCAAAAGUGUAAGAGUGGCGGGGAUAGUUUUUUUGAGGGCAUCUCAAAGGCUUUUACACCAAACCAGCAUUACUUUCACUGCUUUCCUGUUUUUAUUUUGAACUUUGCAUCAAAUUGAAGCUACUGCUACGUCGUCUUGCCAUUCGGAAGUGGAAUGAUUCAAGUUUAUUUGUAAAGAUAAAUGGUGAAUAUAUUUUUUUCGAGAUGUUUUAUUUUUUUGAGAGUCAUUUUAAUCACUAAUGAGUGGAGGUUCAUUAAAUGGCACGUCCAUUUUUUUUGGACAAGUGAGUAUUUCCACACUGUUACUACUGCUUUGGAGUAUAAAAGGCAUCUGUAUGUUUGUUUUGGUCUGAUAAGUGGUUUAAUUUAUGGCCUGUGUAACUAAAUCACGAUUAGUUGAACGUUUAAUUCGGUUGUCUUACAGAAUCACAUUUUAAAGUGCUUUUUCGGGAUCUGUAAGCUGAUUUUUCCUCUAAUUUCCACACACAAGAUUUACUUCACAUAAUAUUCUCUCUGUAAAAACACGUUUGGGUUUUCAGAAUUCACAUUAUGUAAUCUAGCCUGUACAUAUUUCAUCUACAAACACAGAAAACAUCCCAGCUUAAUUCCGCUUCAACUGUACAGUCACAGCUCUUCAUGUCUGAACACUUCAAUAUAUGAUCUGAAGCCCAUGCCAGGUUUUUGGCCCAUGCAUACAAAAUGCUUUCGAUUUUUCCAGUACUGAUUUUGAAUUUAUAACCAAUAUGCAUACAGCUUUGUUGUCUUAUUGAGUAUGCGUUAAGACACCGAACUGAUUUACUGGAUGCAGCACUCUUGCUAAAUGAAUAUAGAAUGAAUAUUAAUGAAACCCAAAGGAGCAUGAAAAAUGAACGCAACGUUUCUCAUUUCUUGUUUGCUUUAAGUGGAAAUGUGUAAACAUUGCUUAAAUGUGAUGGUUUUCUACAGUAGCGUUCAAAAUAAUAGCAGGACAACAUGACUAACCAGAAUAAUCCAGAUUUUCAUAAUAAUUUUUAUUGCUACAUGGCAAACAAGUUACCAGGUGCAGUAAAUUCUCAAAAAACAAACACGAGCAUUUAUGAUAUGCACGCUCUUAAGGAUGUGCAAUUGGGCAAUUAGUUGAAGGGGGUGUGUUUAAAAAAAUAGCAGUGUGGUAUUUCGAUCAGUGAGGUCAUCAAUUUUGGGAUAAAACAGGUGUGAACCAGGUGGGCCCCUAUUUAAGGACAUGUUUGUUGAACAUGCAUUUGAAAAAAGCCUCAUGGUGCGUUUACACCGUUGAACCUUUUGUGUUUUCUCGCUUCAUCCGCACGUCAAAUUCGACUCAUAUUCAAAUAGAGUCAAAUUCGUGACUCUAGUUUCGAUGCUAAAUGGCUAACAUGGAUUUUAUUGAGGUAGUAGCUGUGCUUUAUGAAGGCUGAAAAACAGCGUAGAUUUGUUUGGCGCCAUUAGUCCACUAGAUCCUUUCAGAGGUGCACCCAGAGGUUCAUCAACUCCACCAGAAUCUAUAUCCGGAUGAUGGACGCUUUUAGCAGUGCAUCCGACUGAGCCAAGCCCAGUUUGAGGAGCUGUUGUCCGGUGUCGGCAAGAGGAUUUCCCCUUGCAACACCAACAACAUUGCCGCUUCAUUUAAACGCGUCAAGCCUCAUUCACACUACUAGUGACUCACACCGGCAAAGCGAGAGAGAAGCGACCACUCAUUUCAACGGAGAACAAGCUACUUCCGGCAACCACCAUCUACGUCCACAUACAGCCACAUUUUCUCCCUCUGUACCUGGAUAUUGCCUGCCUGCUGCACCUAAGGACUCUGAAAGCGAUGUUUGUCUUGCCCCAGCAGCGCCUGUGCCUCUUCUUUCCUCCUCUUCUGACCACCUAGUCAUAUUCUGUCUUGUGAUUUAUAUGUAGGCGUUUGAAUAGGUUUGUGGUAUUACCACAGUACCUCAUUGUUUUGUUACACGUGUCACAAACCGCAUUGUUUGAUUUUAUGGAAGUGAAGUAGCUCCACACAAAACUUCGCUUGCGGUCACCCAUAUCCAAUGACAGCACAACUGAACAACAUGUGCCAGCGGACUGACUGAGCGGCUAGCUAGCGUGCUCUGCAGUUGUACAGUGCCAUAUUAUGCACAUGACUCGGCAAGCGGAAGAACAAGUAGUUCCGACUAAGUUGGCAUUAUUCCGAUAAACUAGGGUAAUUGUGGUUACUUUCCACUGUAUUUCUAUUUCCAAUAAAUGACAUAUUUGCUCCAAAUUACUGAAAUAUCAAUAUUUUGAUAAGAUAAUCGAUUCUAGAACACACAAAGCUAGCAUCGGAGAUAUCGAUAUUUUAGUAUUGAUCCGCACAUCACUACUGUGAGGUUGUGAUGGGAAGUUCAGAUCAUUUUACUGACUCGGAUCUUUGAGUCUUGUUCAUCAAGAUGAGCGAAUCUUUUUUCGAGUCAUUUCGCUCAUUUGGUUCAAUUUGCCAAAAUAUUAUUAAAAUGUUACAAAUUGCUUCCAAACACAUCUACAACUAGCCCAAAAGGUUGAUCACAUGACAAUUACGUCAUAAAUAGAUCACUAUAAGAAGGAGAAAAUAAUAAUUCAAUGUUGACCUGCUCUUUUGUCAAUGAAGGUAUUGUCGUCUCUUUGCUCAGCUCACCUCUUCAUGUCUUCGAAAGUCAGUGUUUCGUUCAAUGUACACACACAGUCUAAACCAAUCUUCUGGUUCUUGAGUCGUUCGUUCAUCACAUGACAAAAUGACUCAAUCCCGAGGAGUCGAGAGAUGAACAGUUCAAUUCUUUUUCCGGCUCUAAACGCAUAUGAUUGGCCCGUGAUGAACGAAUGACUCCGACCCGAUAGAGGACUCGAGAGAUGAACAGAUCAAUUCUUUCUCCGGCUAUAAACGCAUAUGAUUGGCCCGUGAGGAACGAAUGACUCCGACCCGAUAGAGGACUCGAGAGAUGAACGGUUCAAUUCUUUUUUUUCCGGGUCUAAACGCAUAUGAUUGGCAUCUGCCUUUCCGCUAUGAACGACUCCAAAGACUUUAAAUGAACGAUACCACCUACACAAAUGUGCGCACGCGGAUGAACGAAUCACUCCCUGAGAAGACUCGUAGUUCCAGAGUCAUAUUGAAGAUUCGUUCAAAAUGAACAAAUCGUUCAUGAACGACCCAUCACUACUGUGAGGAGCUACCAAGCACAUGCCAGAUGAAGCGAAUCUAUUUUCAAGAAUGAAUCAUUGUUUGAACACACCCCUUUCAAUUAAUUGCCAAUUGCACAGCCUGAAGAGCGUGCAUAUCAUGAAUGCUGGGUCCUGUUUUUAUUCUAAGAAUCUGCUGCACCUACUUGUGACUUGCUUGCCAUGAAGCAAUAAACAAAAUAUGCUAAAAACGUAUUCUGGUUAGCCAUGUUGUACUGCUAUUAUUUUCAGAAAUAGGCAAAAUUGCUUGAGGUAUUUCGAGAAAGUCAAUGUUUUCAUAUUUCACUGGCAAAUGAGACACAAAUACUAUCAAGACAAAUGUAAUUGGCUACAGUUUUUCCAUUGUAAUAUUAAGAGGAAAAAAAUGCCUAUGUAAUGUUUGGAAUGUAAUAAUAUGUGUACAUAGCUGGUGUAUGUAGUGUAAUCUAUGCUCAUCCUACUGUACACUUGAUGUGAAGCGUACAUCAUGACCUUAAUGUGUUAAAUCCAUCGCUAAAUGUUCAAAAACGCCAUUCAUCAUUGGGUUAUCUUUGCUUUUUGAUUUGCUUUCUAAAUGGAGAAAGUGCCUCGAGAGUCCAGCAUCGAUUUCUGAACGAUCAGAAAGGAGAAAUUUGGGUGAGGUUUUCCAAAGUAUUCCUGUUCUUGUCAAGUUGGAGUGUCUAUUUUUGUAUUGUUCCGGAUGUAGCUUGAAGGUUUUUGGGGUAUGUUGAGAAUGUGAUUGGACGUUUUUCUCAAGCAAGGUCUUUCAUCAAAGUAAAUUGGAACUUUUUUUGUCGUGUUUGGUUCGCGGCUUUAUUUUCUAUAUGGAAAUAUGCAUCAAAUGCUGUAAAGUGGGAAUUACAUUUCCCAUGAGGCAAUGCUAUCGAAUGUAUGUGUAUGGCGAUCGAAGGAAAUGGAAGGUUUGCGUAACGAUUGGCAGACAUUUUGUUUUAGUCGCAUCCCGUUCAUGUUUGUUUUCCAUUUUAAGUGCUCUUAAGUUCUUUCUUUGCUCUCUUUAGGCACGUCAAGGAAUUUUAAUACUCUUUGUUUUCCUCAGUUGUGUUCGCUUUCACUUCAACUCUCAAACACGUUAUGAUUCAGAUCAAAGUAGGCUUUGAUGAACUACCUCACUCUAAAUUUCUACAGAUUUUCCUUUUUUUUUUGCGACAUAGCUGACCGUAAGAUAGAUGUUAAUACAGAUUUCAUUAUUUAUUUAUUUCUAAAGUGAACUAUUGUCAAUAUAAGGCGACGUGUAGUUUUGUACAUUAUGUAUACUUCACCUAGAAGUAAAAGAACUGAAAUGUAAAUUUGAUCUCUUUGUUUAAUUUCCUUCUUUGUACUCAUUUUUUUACAGUUCAUGUGCAAUACCCACUGCUGUCAUGCUAGUUGUAAUCGCUAGAUCUAGACUUAUUAGUUUUACGUACCCAGAGGUAGAGAGAUGUUUUGGUACUGUCCGAGAAAUUAAUGUUUUGUCUUUUUAAACCUGGAUUUUGUUUUGUUUUGUCAAUGUUACAUGACCUGUUUUACCAAAAAUGAAAAUCUGUGGCUGAUGUUAGCAAGGUGUUCAGUUUAGCUCCUGGACUUUGAGUCCUGUUCAAAAGCAUCUGUAAAUUAUCCAGCGUGUUAAGAUUUGGUGCUGGUAUGUAAUAUUUGCUAGCAAUGCCAGCCCUACAGUUAGUUAUCCAAUUGCUAGCUCUGUGUGCACUAAACAGCAUACAGACGAUGAGAAGUGCACUACUACAAAGAAUGCACUGGGAUCUUAUGAUGCCAAUUGUACAUGUACUGCAAAUAAACACCAGUUUGAAUCAGAACUAAUUCUCCA